AUGUGGCCCUGCGAGCACCUGCUGUACGUCGCCAUGAGCCGCGUGCGGAACCCGGAGCAGCUCAGUAUGUCGUCCUUCGAACCCAGCAUGGUGGUCGCUAACAAGGAGUGUGUAGAGUUCGACCGCAAGCUCCCCGCCGUGCACAACUUGCCGCCAACGGAUGGCUUCCCUGUGGCGUCGUGGCGCCGCUGCAAUGACACACUCAGUCAGCUGCGAUGCCGUGGCGCGUCUCUGAGCAACCUGCUGCGCGGUGCCACAUUGAAGGAUGGCAGUGGCACAAGGCUAGCGGGCCCAAUGAAGGGGACUAUAGAACACUCUGUACUAGUGGCGCGGCGGAUGCGGAAGCUCAUCAAGCACACGGAGCGCAUAGCGAAAAUACGGGAAAACCGCCGGAAAUCGCAAUCCGCCACGGAUGCUCAGAGCGACACAAGUAGUUCUGGUGCAUCGGUGGAGGAGCACAUCCUAUAG